CCCCUCCCCCCAACCCGGAAGUGCCUCGCGCCGCCUCAGCUUGCGGUCAGGCAGGCAGGCAGGCAGGCGGGAGAGGAGGCGGAGGCGGCUCCGUUGCCGAGGCUGGUUUGACUCAGGACGAGGGAGUCGCCAAUUGGAGCCGCGGCCUGCCUUGGCCGCGUUCUGGUCCAGAUAACUGGCCCAGUGCAUCAAACCAGGGCGGCAUGCCGAGGCAGGGCAUGGUCCAGGAUGAGUUUAAAAGAUGUCAGCAGUGCAGCUUGUCCAGAGAAUGUAACUUAUGCCCUUCAUAUUUAUCCCCAGCUCUCAACAGAACACAGUUCCUGUUGCAGGGUAACAGCAACUAAGGAUGCCACAGCCACCGAGGUCAUUAAGGAUGUUAUCAGCUCCUUGAGUUUGGACAUAUCUAAGCAUUACGUACUUGUAGAGGUGAAGGAGACAGGGGGAGAGGAAUGGGUAUUAGAUGGAAAUGACUCUCCUGUCCAUAGGAUCCUGCUUUGGCCUCGCCGGGCCCAGGAUGACCAUCCUCGGGAAGAUGGUUAUUAUUUUGUUUUACAAGAGAGGAAUGCUGAUGGGACUAUCAAAUAUGUCCACAUGCAGCAGACCUGUGAAGAAGAGAACCAGGAAGAAGCCCGGCGACUGGUUGAAAGGGGCUUCCUUCCUUGGCAACAGGAGGAUUUCAAUGAUCUGUGCAACCUCCCCAACUUGACGGAGACCACCCUGUUGGAAAAUCUCAAGAGGCGUUUCCUGAAACAGAAGAUCUAUACCUACGUGGGCAGCAUCCUCAUUGCUAUCAACCCUUUCAAAUUUCUGCCCAUCUACAACCCCAAGUACGUCCAGAUGUAUGAGAACCACCAGCUUGGGAAGCUGGAGCCCCACAUCUUUGCCAUUGCUGACGUAGCCUACCACGCCAUGCUGAAGAAACACAUGAAUCAGUGCAUUGUUAUUUCUGGGGAGAGCGGAUCAGGAAAAACCCAGAGCACAAACUUCUUGAUCCACUGCCUCACUGCCCUGAGUCAAAAGGGUUAUGCUAGUGGAGUGGAGAGAACUAUUUUGGGAGCUGGACCAGUGCUGGAGGCCUUUGGGAAUGCAAAGACAGCCCACAAUAACAACUCAAGUCGUUUUGGGAAAUUCAUCCAGGUCAACUAUUUGGAGAAUGGCAUUGUCCGAGGAGCUGUGGUUGAAAAAUAUCUCCUUGAAAAAUCUCGCUUGGUGUCUCAGGAAAAAAAUGAAAGGAACUACCAUGUAUUUUAUUAUUUGCUGCUUGGUGCCAGCGAAGAAGAGCGCAAGGAAUUCCAUCUCAAGCAGCCUAACGACUACUUCUACCUCAACCAGCAUAACUUGAAAAUUGAAGAUGGAGAAGACCUCCAGCAUGAUUUUGAACGAUUAAAGCAAGCCAUGGAAAUGGUUGGUUUUCUUCCAGCAACAAAAAAACAAAUUUUUUCAGUGCUUUCUGCGAUUCUCUACCUGGGAAAUGUUACUUAUAAGAAAAAGGCAGCAGGUCGAGAUGAGGGGCUGGAAGUCGGACCCCCUGAAGUGCUAGAUAUUCUUUCACAGCUUCUGAAGGUGAAACGUGAAAUCUUAGUGGAAGUAUUGACAAAAAGAAAAACAGUGACAGUGAAUGAUAAACUGAUCCUUCCAUAUAGCCUCAAUGAGGCCAUCACAGCUCGUGAUUCUAUGGCUAAGUCUUUGUACAGUGCCCUCUUUGACUGGAUUGUUCUGCGAAUUAACCAUGCGCUUCUCAACAAGAAGGACAUGGAAGAGUCUGUUACGUGCUUGUCCAUUGGGGUACUUGAUAUAUUUGGUUUUGAAGACUUCAAAACAAACAGUUUUGAACAGUUCUGCAUAAACUAUGCAAAUGAGCAGUUGCAGUAUUACUUCAAUCAACAUAUUUUCAAGCUUGAACAGGAGGAGUAUCAGAGUGAAGGGAUUGCGUGGCACAACAUUGACUAUACAGACAAUGUGGCCUGCAUCCAUUUAAUUGGCAAGAAACCAACUGGCCUGUUCUACCUACUGGAUGAAGAAAGCAAUUUUCCACAUGCCACUAGCGAGACGCUUCUUGCUAAGUUCAAACAGCAACAUGAGGACAACAAGUUCUUCAUUGGAACUCCUGUACUGGAACCUGCUUUCAUCAUUCAGCACUUUGCUGGCAAAGUGAAAUAUCAGAUAAAGGAUUUCCGUGAAAAGAACAUGGAUUAUAUGCGGCCAGAUAUUGUUGCCUUGCUGCGGAGCAGUGACAGCACUUAUGUUCGUGAGCUGAUUGGAAUGGAUCCAGUGGCUGUUUUCCGGUGGGCUAUCCUUCGUGCAGCAAUCCACGCCAUGGCUGUUUUUGCAGAAGCUGGUCGCCAAAGAGCUGAGAAAACAGCAGGGGUAAUACGCCAUGGACCCAGGAUCCCUCUUGGGGACCUGCAGCAGAGCAACACCCCAAAUGAGAGAGUUUAUCGCUGUUCAGUACUUGAUUUCUCAUUUGAUUGUUCUGAGGAUUUUGAUAUAAACGCUUUUGAAGACAUCAUUGCUUCAUAUGAAAGCAAGAAGGACUUGCAUGAGCAAAUAGUUAGGAGUAUAAAGGGCCUGCCCUGGCAGGGUGAAGAUCCUUGCAGGCUCCUGCAGUCACUCAGCCGGUACCAGCAGCCCCGUUGCCAUUUCCUGAAGAAUAGAGGUAUUAAACAAAAGCAGAUCAUCCCAAAGAAUUUACUGGACUCAAAGUCUUUGAAACUCAUUGUGAGCAUGACGUUGCAUGACCGAACCACAAAAUCCCUCCUGCAUUUGCAUAAGAAGAAGAAGCCACCUAGCAUCAGUGCUCAAUUCCAGACUUCUUUGAACACGCUUCUAGAAACUUUGGGAAAAGCUGAGCCCUUCUUUAUCCGCUGCAUCCGUUCCAAUUCUGACAAGAGGGAGUUGUUCUUUGAUGAACGACUGGUACUUCAGCAAUUGAGAUACACAGGAAUGCUAGAAACAGUGAGAAUCCGACAAUCAGGCUACAGUGCUAAAUUUAACUUCCAGGAUUUUAUUGAUCAAUUUCAAGUGUUGCUGCCCAAAAAUGUCAAAGCCUCCAAGGAAGAAAUUAAUGCUCUGCUAAACAAGCUGAACAUGGACACUAACAGCUAUCAAAUAGGAAAGACUAAGGUAUUCAUGAAGGAAGUCACCCGGCAGGUGCUCCAGGACACCCUACACACAGAAGUCAUCCGGAAGAUCAUUGUCCUCCAAAGCUGGCUGCGAAUGGUGCUGGAGAGGAGACGCUUCCUCCGGACUCGACAAGCAGCAAUUACCUUGCAGGCAUGCUGGCGUUCUUAUUGUGUCGGCCGGAGGGCCCUGGAGAAAGAAAAUGCUGCUAUUUAUAUCCAGUCGGUAUGGCGUGGAUACCGAGAGAGGAAAUCAUAUCAGCAGCAGAAGAAGAGGGUUUCUCUCCUUCAAGCUCUGGUACGGGGGCAUCUACAGCGCAAGAGGUUUCAUCAAAUGAUCGCAGAGAAAAAGCAAGAGGAAAUAAAACAGGAACUUUUGAAGCAAGAUAAUGAGUUGCUCCAGCCAAAGGAACCCAUCUCAGACCAGAUGGCUCUUGAACUUGAGGUGCAGCUGGAUAAAACAUCUGGGCUGGCAGCAGAAGAUGAGGGACCUAAAAAUGCCCAAGCAGAACACCAGUCUCCUCUUCUGUCUCAAAAGAACAACUGGAAAAAACGGGAGUACCGCCGACAAAGAGGAUUGGAGCACAACAAGCUGCAAAAUAAGCAAGUUGUUUUAGCACUUGAAGGGCCCCCGGAAGUCCCUACUAGGGAAGAUAGCCCCGCUCAAAACACGGAAGAGGAAGAAGAGGCUCAAAAGCUUGAGCAACCUGUAGGAGAAGAUGCAGCGUCCUCUUCAGAAAUACUCCUCAAAUGUGUUGAGGAAGAAGGAGCACCAGGGACUAACAAUCAUCUUUUUCCUUUGGAUAGUGAUACAACAGUUCCCAGUCCAACCCCAGGACUAAAACUGGAAAUUUGGGUGCCAAAAGAGGAUACAAAUGUACAGGAAAGACUGGAAAAUCCCAAGAUCCGGACCAGCCAAAGCUUCACUUACUCCGAGAGGCCCACGGAACUGGAUCUAACUUGGCCAAACAAUCUGAUGGCUAACCGGAGCUUCCGGAGCCAGGCUGACAAAAGGAAGCCGCAGGCUGUGAAGGAGUUAGGCAGUCCCCCCUCCUUCCAAAUUCAACGGUACCUGGAUGACCCGAGCAAACUGCGAGAUAAGCGGGAGCGCUGGCAAGGAAAGAGGCAGCUGGUCAGCGGACAGAACAAUACGGUCAGCCAGUCUUUGGAAGAGAAGAGUGGCCCCACUGUGUCCUCAUCUGCCCAAUUAAAGAAGAAAAAAAAAGCUUCUUCCUUGGACGACAUCCCCAAGGUCACUCUUUCCACUUCCACAAGCCAGCCAUCCCUGGACACAGUAAAAGGUGAUGGAAACAUCCAGAAGAAGAUCAUACCAAAGAAAUCUGAGGAGCUACCUACAACCUUAAGUGCAGUGGGGCUCACUUCAGGACCCAGCCAACAGAUGGAUGCCAAACCUACCUUCAAGAGUCCAUUGCGAAGACUCUUGGCAAAAAGGACAGACAAGAAGAACCUCAAAGAGUAUUCUGAAGCAUUUGAGGAUACUAGUGAGACUAUUCCACUCUUCUCCUGUGUGUUGCCAAUGGAGCUGACAGUGACACAGAAGGCAACUGAAGCUCCCUCUGGGCCUCCUAAUCACCCCCACGUGGAGGAACGCCAGACAAAAGAAUUUGGCAAAGCUAAGAGGAACCGUACCAUUAAAAUCAGCAAAGCCAAAAAGGCGCCGGAGAAAUGGAAGGCACCAUUUCCAAGGGAGAUUGCGAAUGCUAGUGAGCUGAAAUAUUUGGACGAAUUCCUUCUGAACAAGAUAAAUGAUCUUCAUUCUCAGAAGUCAGCCAUUGAAUGCUUGUUUUUUGAAGCCACUGAGAAGUUCCGUGGGAAUAUCAAAACUAUGUAUUCUGCUCCUAAUGGACAGAUCCAUGUUGGCUACAGAGACCUGAUGGAAAACUACCAACUCCUCGUGGUCAACAUGGCCAAACAGAAAGAAGAGAAGGACGUGAAGCUGGUCUUGAAUCUUUUCCAGUCUCUUCUGGAUGAGUUUGCCCGCAGCUAUGCAAGAAAAGAAGAGCCAGAACAGCAUAAGCAAAGCAAGGCUCAAAAAAAAAAGCGGAAACAGGAACAUGUGAUUGUGGAACUCAAUGGCCAUGUUUUUGUGAAUUACCAAGUGAACAUCUUACAGUCUUGCGAGCAGUGCUGUUCCUACGUUUGGCCCAUGGAGAAGGCCUGUCUUUGUAGCAUCUGUAAGCUGACCUGCCAUAAGAAGUGCCUGUCCAAAAUCCAAAGUGGAUGUACAUCCUCACAAGCAAAAAAAGGGGACCAAGACCCAGAGCCACGUCACUUUGGGGUUAGUGUCAGUGCUCUGACUAGCGAGAAGAAUUCAGUCCCAAUUGUCAUGGAGAAACUGCUGGAAUAUGUCGAGAUGCACGGACUCUAUACCGAAGGCAUCUAUCGGAAGUCGGGAUCAGCAAACCGCAUGAGGGAGUUGAAGCAGUCCCUGCAAUCAGACCCAAACUCAGUGCGGCUGGAGAACUACCCCAUCCAUACCAUCACUGGGAUCUUCAAGCAAUGGCUGAGAGAGUUACCGGAUCCUCUGAUGACGUUUGCUCAGUACAACGACUUCCUUCGGGCGGUGGAGCUCCCAGAGAAGCAAGAGCAGCUUUGUGCCAUUUACAGUGUCCUUGAGCAGCUCCCACAGGCCAACCAUGACACCUUGGAACGGCUAAUUUUCCACCUUGUCAAGGUAGCCGUGGUGGAAGAAGUCAAUCGGAUGUCACCCAACGCCCUGGCCAUUGUCUUUGCCCCCUGCCUCUUACGCUGCCCUGACAACUUGGAUCCUCUCACUAGCAUGAAGGAUGUCUCCAAAACAACCACGUGUGUGGAGAUGAUCAUCAAGGAGCAGCUGAGAAAGUACAAGAUGAAGAUGGAUGAAAUUUGCCAACUAGAAGCAGCAGAAAGCAUUGCUCUUCGGCGGCUUUCACUGCUUCGACAGAACAAAUUGUGGCCAGUAAAACUUGCCUUUUCCUCUCCCCGCGAGGGAGCCCCGAGCAAGAGCCCCCAGACUGUAGGAGCAAGCAGUGCCUCACCUAGACUUGGACUUUUGCCCGAAGAGGAGGAAACAGACAACAGGGAGAAAGAGCUACUGAUGGAACGGAUACAAUCAAUCAAGGAAGAGAAGGAAGACAUCACAUACCGUCUCCCUGAGCUGGACCAGCGUUGCUCUGAUGAGGAGAAUGUCGACUCCGAGACAUCGGUUAGCACAGAAAGCUUGUUGGAGGAACGUGUGGGGUGCCGUGACCCUGAAGGAAGCACGGAGCCUGCUGCUCAGUGCAUCAGCCUCUCCGCCAAAGAAGAGAUUGGAUCACCAAAAAUGCUGCUGUUUUCAGCCCAGGUAGAUCCAGUUCCUCCUCACCUGUCCGCCACAUGCGGGCCAUCCUCUUUGCUUCUGCUCAAGGGAAGCCCUCUUCAUCAGAAUCCGGGGGAGGCACGUAGCCAAGCCCAAGCGGUCUUCCAGGACUGAGAAGCCAACAGACCUGCUCUUUCCCUGCUCCAAGAAUUGCCUCUUUCAAGGAUGAACUGCUCACGGGAAUGUACCAAGAACAGUCGUCUCAAAAGCAAGUGGGAGAGACAGGCUCAAAUGAAGGUCAAAAAGAGGCCAUUAGCAGUCCGGCUUCGGGAGCUGUUGCAUAUGCUGCCCUAUUCCAAACCCGGUCAAGUCCAGUAUUUUAAAGUUCUGAUGCUCGUCAGAACAGAAUGGUCACGAUUUGCACCAGGACAUUUGGUUGGUAUCGGAUCCGGAAAACAAUUGGUGCUUCUGCGAUCUGCCGGGAUCAAAUAUUGAUCAAUAGUUACAGCUCUGAACCAAUUUCCAUUUCCCGAGAUGAAGCUUGAAAUUCCCUUCUCUGCCCAGCAGUCCACUCAACUCUGGCUUCUUCCUGUCUGCUUGCAACAGGCUCUUAAUAGGACCAAACAGAGUCAGAGCACUCAAUAAUUCUGUUUCUGCUUUAAGUCUCUGCCUCGGAUUAUGACAACUUCCAACCGGUUUACAAAAACUUUCAAAUGUUUGUAGUAACCAUUUAAUGGAGACCAAAAAUGUAUCAACGUUUAUAUUAAAACUGCACUUUUUUGGGGAAAAA